AUGAGUGAGUUUUAUGGAAUUCUUAAUUUUUUCGAAAAUAUAAUUUUACAGGUGACUGGAAAACCAAAUUGGAAAACAUCAAAAAGGAGCAAGAGGCUGCUGAGCAAAAACAUAAAGCGGAUUUGGAAGAUUUGAAUCAACGAAAUGAUUCAAUAACUCGAUCGAAAAAGAAUGAACUCGAUUUUUUGAGAGAUGAAUCUGAAAGAGAGGAAUCUCGAAGAAAUGAGAGACAUCAACAAAUGGAUAAUGUUCAGACGAAAAUGUUGGAACAGCAAAAUAAUAAUCUGCAAAAAACGAAUAUUGAUUAUGCCAAUCAAUUAAGUGAACUCAAAAAAUCAUCGGAUUCUCAAAAAGGUUUGCAAAUUUUGCUCGAACCAAUUCAUUUAAUUUUUUUCAGAAAAAGAAAAAGAGCGGCAAUUGAUUGAGAAAACAACGCUCCUUGAAAAUCAAAAAGCUCAAAAAUUGGAAGCUGAGAAAACCAAAUCAACUUUCAAUGUGUUGAGUGAGAACAGGAUUGCGGAAGAGAAACAAAAUGUAAAAAAAAACAAUUUCAUUUUCUGAUAUUUUACAUUUUUAUAGGUGGAUAAACUCAUAGAAAACUUGGUGAAUGAAAAGGCAGAAUUGGUUAAAACCUCGACAAGUAAUGAAGAAGCACAGGUACAACAAAGACAUCAAUUGGAAGAAGAGAAGAAUGCUACAGUUUUGAAAAGUUUGUUUUUGAAAAAUUUGUAUUUGAUUCAUUUUUUGAUUAAAUAUAUUGCAGCGCAAGAACUUGCAAACUCAUUCCAAAAUCGUGCCUCAAUUUUGAAUCAAAAUCAUAAGAAAGGAAUUGCAUCAAUGAUUCAAGCGUUUCGAAAUGAUGAGAGUCAAGGAUCGCAAAGAGACAAUCUAUCUAAUAUUCGACAAAAAUCUGGAAACAUCAAAAGAAAUGUUAUGGUUUUGUUCCACAAGUUUGAUGUGCCGAUAAAAAUGAAAAAUAUUAAAGGAUUGAAAAAAUCUGCUAAUUUGGCACGGGUAAGAAAUGGGAGUUUUGAAUUAGAAUCGGGCCAGUGUAUCUUAAUUUUCAGUUGACUAUUGAAACAUUGGGAGCUGAUAUUCGAGGACUCAAAAGAUAUUUGCUGAAUUUGGAACAGGAUGAUGAGAGGAAAGAGAAAGCAAAACUUUCAAAUGGCUUAUUACAAAUUGUUGAUGCGACUUUGUCAAGAUUCAAUGAAUAUGUUGUGUAUCGAGAGGUGAACAAUGAAUAUUGCAAAGUUUCAAAACUAUUUUUAUGUUUUUUUCAGGAUUUGAAAUCCGAUUCAUUUGCAGAUUUGAUUGAAUGCUUGAACGAACUUAUUGAGCAUACAAAUAAACUCGAAGAAAUUAUCGAAUCAAUUCCUGAUAUUGUUAUUGAUAGCAAUUUUGUGAAUGUCACAUUACAAUUGACUGAGCAAAUCAGUGGAAUGUUUAAUUCAGAAAAUGCGAUUGGAAAUUCAACAAAAAUUGAGGAAGUUGAGGAUUCAAAGAAAGACGACGAAGAAAAAUAA